UAUUUCGGUGCAAAUAUGCUAUUUCUAAUCACACAUUCCUCUUUUCUCACCACCCCAGGUUUCGAUGCCACCCUCGUCGGUCACUUGGGACCACUGUCCCCGCAGGACAUGAAGCCGGAUCUCAAACCGGACAUCUCGUUGCUAAACGGAAGUGUGGGCCCAUUCUCACCCGGUAACAACUGUGGCCCGGCUAGCCCCGGCACCUUCAACCAGCAGGUCGCAGCAGUUCUCCAGCAGCAGCAAAAUGUCAACAGUCAAAGCAGUCUCAACAGUCCGCAACAGCAGAUGCAAAAUUCUGCCGGCGGUGGUGGUGGUGGCGGUGGUGUUAGUGGCGGAGGAGGUGUUGGAUCCGGGCAGCACUAUCCACCAAAUCACCCGCUUAGUGGUUCGAAGCAUCUUUGCUCGAUCUGCGGCGAUCGGGCCAGUGGAAAGCACUACGGUGUCUAUAGCUGUGAGGGAUGCAAAGGAUUUUUCAAACGGACGGUGCGGAAGGAUCUGUCCUACGCCUGCCGGGAGGACAAGAACUGCACGAUAGACAAACGCCAAAGAAACCGCUGCCAGUACUGUCGCUAUCAGAAGUGUCUCGCCUGCGGUAUGAAACGGGAAGCCGUCCAGGAGGAGCGGCAACGGAGUUCCAAGUUCUCCAUAAAGGUAAAGAAUGAGGAAAUCAAUUCUACCAGUUCGGUGCGUGAUGUUACGAUCGAGCGAAUCCAUGAGGCUGAACUGCUGAGCGAACAGAAGAGUGGUGAUAAUGCGAUUCCGUAUCUUCGAGUCGGGUCCAAUUCGAUGAUUCCGCCGGAAUUCAAGGUGAGCUUGGUUUGCUGUGU